GUCCAUGUGGCUGUAAAGCCUCCCGGCAGCCGUAGCUUCAUCCCAGCGGGCUGCUGUCCUGCACAACGACAGACAGAGGAUAAUAAGUUCGUAGCUGCCUCAGCAAUAAUCCUCCAUACUGCGGCUUAGAGUCACGGCCAGGGGGGCUUCUGUCGAGUAAGUGCCGCUUUACUGUUUCGAUCCUCGGCAGGAAGGGCUGAGAUAACGGGCUGAAUGUCGGAUAAAAGCGAACUGAAGGCGGAGCUGGAGAGGAAGAAACAGCGCCUGGCACAGAUCAGAGAGGAGAAGAAGAGGAAAGAGGAAGAACGCAAGAAGAAAGAUACUGAGGGUCGCAGAGACGGUUCAUCCCCCCCAAAUGAUGACUCUGAUCUGGAGAGGAAGCGGAGAGAAGCAGAGGCCCUGCUGCAAAGCAUGGGCAUCACUGACCCUGCCAUGGUGCAGCCUCUGCGUGUUGUAACAGAGGAUACGUGUCUGUUUCAUUAUUUAGUCCCCCCUCCCAUGUCCCCCUCUGCUAAAUCGGUGGGCAGUGAGACAGGCAGCCAGGACUCUGGAGAUGGAGCAACAGGACCCAGGACUCUACACUGGGACUCUGACCCCUCUACUCUUCUGCUGCAUUCAGACUCUCAGCUUGGACGAGUUCCUCUGAGAUUGGGAAUGGCUAAAGUGACUCAGGUGGAUUUCCCUCCAAAAGAGAUGGUGUCCUACUCUAAAGAGACACAGACGCCUACCACCCACACCCAGCCAAAAGAGGCAGAAGAUGAUAAUGAGGAGGAGGACUUAGCUGUGGUGGAGUCUGCGCUCGAAACUCCUCAGGACGACUCUGAGAAAGCUGAAGAGGAGGUGCCUCCACACGAGCUGACUGAAGAGGAGAAGCAGCAGAUUCUGCACUCAGAGGAGUUUCUGACGUUUUUUGACCACAGCUCCCGCAUUGUGGAACGAGCGCUCUCAGAACAGGUGGAUGUCUGCUUCGACUACAGUGGCCGCGACCUGCAGGACAAGGAGGGAGAGACUCAGGCUGGGACUAAGCUGUCCCUGAACAGGCAGUUUAUGGAUGAGCGCUGGUCCAGACAUAGAGUGGUCACCUGUCUGGACUGGUCUUCACAGUAUCCUGAGUUAUUGGUAGCUUCUUACAGCAGUAAUGAGGAAGCUCCUCAUGAGCCUGAUGGAGUUGCUCUGGUGUGGAAUAUGAAAUAUAAGAAAACCACACCUGAAUACGUCUUCCACUGUCAGUCAGCAGUGAUGUCAGCAGCAUUUGCUCGUUUCCAUCCUAAUCUGGUCGUUGGGGGAACGUACUCAGGACAGAUCGUUCUGUGGGAUAACCGCAGUAACAAACGCACCCCAGUACAGAGAACACCACUGUCUGCGUCUGCACAUACGCAUCCAGUUUACUGUGUGAACGUGGUGGGCACUCAGAAUGCCCAUAACCUCAUCAGCAUCUCCACUGAUGGCAAAAUGUGCUCCUGGAGCCUGGACAUGCUGUCCACUCCACAGGACAGCCUGGAGCUGGUGUUUAAACAGUCCAAACCUGUGGCUGUGACCUCCAUGUCCUUUCCUCUGGGUGAUGUCAAUAACUUUGUGGUGGGCAGUGAAGAUGGCACAGUGUACACAGCAUGCAGACAUGGGAGUAAAGCGGGGAUCAGUGAUAUGUUUGAGGGUCAUCAUGGUCCAGUCACAGGACUGGACUGCCACACGGCUGCUGGACCUGUAGAUUUCUCCCAUCUGUUUGUGACUUCAUCCUUUGACUGGACUGUUAAACUGUGGAGCACAAGGAAUACUAAGCCGCUGUAUUCAUUUGAGGAUAACUCAGACUAUGUAUAUGAUGUCAUGUGGUCCCCUGCCCACCCUGCCCUGUUCGCCUGUGUGGAUGGAGUGGGUCACCUUGACCUAUGGAACCUCAACAAUGAGACUGAGGUUCCUACAGCUAGUGUCACAGUGGAGGGCAGUCCAGCUCUGAACCGUGUGCGCUGGGCAAAUUCGGGAAGAGAGGUUGCUGUUGGUGACUCUGAGGGUCAGGUACACAUCUAUGACGUGGGAGAGCAGAUCGCCGUGCCACGACAGGAUGAGUGGAGCCGCUUUGUACGGACGCUGACCGAGCUCAACGAGAACCAAGAGGACGCAGAGGAGCUGGCGACCCAGCGCCUCGUUGCCUGAGCCUGCAUUACAGGAUUUGGCAACCCACCUUAAAAACCACACCUGAGAGGAAGUGUGAAGAUCUUCAGCUUCAGGCUGCUUCCCGCACAGAGAUUUUAAGUGUUCUUGAGCGACAAUCUAGAGUUUUCUUUCAACUCGCUGUUUCCCAGUAAUGUGGAAUAUAGCAAGGGAAAGUCGGGAAAUGUAUUUUAAGCUCAUAAGGUUAGUAUUUAUAUGGAGAUAAACGUAUUGUAGGACGUGAAGAGGGAGGAUAGGUGUAUUUAGCUAGAAACUACGGCCGUUUUGCGGCUGUUUUACAGACAGUUGGGAAAACGCCUAGAGCUACAGUUCACACUAAACCAGUAGACACAACACAUGCAAACUUCGUACUGUACUUUUCCUUAUAGAAGUCUUCAGCAGCUUAUUUAAGCUCUAAUUUCUUACAAGCUCCUUAAUGUGGGCUAGGUUUGUCUACCACAAUAGCUGCAACUUUUUUACUCAUAUAGAAUAACAGUCGACUAAAUACUGUCGCUGUCAUAAAGCCUCCUUUUUCCAAAAUAUUAGCUUUCCAGGAGAAGGAAUGAGAUUUGUACUUAUAUUUAUAAGAAUUUUGAUCUUUUUGAACAUAGUCCAACACGAAUGUAUUGGGAUUUUGAAUUAUUCUCAUUUUAAUUUGGCAUACGAUUUUGAUGCAAUGUAAAGAAAAAGAAAAAAGACAAUGGAAAAAAAGUAAGAAAUGCAAAUGAGUUCCGAGGUUUUAACAUGACAGGGACAGUAUGCUCAUGCAUGGAAUAGAGUUCUGAUCUUUCUUUGCUGCAGGCUUGAGGUUUUUUCCAGGAAGAACACUGUGGUAUUUCAACGUUUUUUAAGAAACUGUUCCGGUCGGAAGCAUCUGUUCUCGACAAACAAUUCCAGCAUGUGAAGUGAACGCCUUAACCAUUUCCAGCAAAUCCCACCCUCACAGCCCUUUGUAUACCUGCAAAUUUUACAGCACACCAUUCUAAUCCACUUGUUCCAUUUUUCAACUGAAAAUUAAGUUUUUAUUUAUUACAAAUUAUUGCUGAUUGCAGUACCACUGUUUUUAAUUUGAAAGUCUUUAUAGACUUUUGGCACAAGUUUGUAUGGGCACUAUUAAAAGUUGUACAUGUUCCUCUUGGCAUAUCAGUGUUAGUUAAUUAAUAUUAAUAUUUAUAGACGAAAAGAAGAAACUUUUGCUCUUUGAGUUGUUGGUGGCUUUUCCAUUACCAAGCCACAUCAUCAGCACUGUUUUUAAAACACUAUUAUAUUUAAGUAAACUAACUGAUUUUAUCUUUAUUCCAUGUAUGGAUUUGAAGGGUAUUUGUCUAAGACUUGAAACUUACGAGUGAUUUAUUUCUUAAUUGUGUACUUCUAAUAUUGCCACUUACAAACCCUUUUACUGACGUGUAAGAUUUUUGUAUCAGCUUGAUUUCUUAUAGGCACAGGCAUGUGUUUUAAAUCUAAUCCAGAUUCCAGUUUCAUGUUAAACUUUGUUUUUUGCCUUUAUCUAGUUGGUAUACUUUAUAUUGACCCAUUCUGAACCAAAGCUACACUGCUAAUGUCUGUAUUUCCAUUUUUCUAAACUGCGUUUUCUUCUUUGAGUUUUAAGUAGGUAUUUUAAGGAAUAAACUGACCAACUCCAGCACCUGAACUCUUCCAUAAUGUUUUUAAAAUUUCUUUUGAAUGAUGAAAACAAAACAUGAUACUGAAAACAGACGAAUAAAUAAACGAAUGAAUAACACACCAAGUCUUGAUUUAAAAUU